AUGGAGCGCGAACGAGCACUGCGGAAUGAAGACCCCGGCGAAAUGGAGCGCUACGUUCGGGAGAGGUUUGGUGACGACAACGAUCAGUACGACGACGAAGAUGAUACCGGUGCUCCAGAUACCUCGGGCAUUGACCAACAGUCUUUGCUCCCGACGAUUAAGGACCCAAGACUGUACAUCGUCAGAUGCAAACGACCCGGACACGAGCGGAAAGCCAUCCUUCAGUUGCUGCAAAAGUCUUUCAAUUUGCAGCGAAAGGGUAUGGCACUGGGUAUCUUUUCUGCCGUUGCCCCUGAGCACUUGAAAGGCCGCAUCUACAUCGAGGCGUACAGUUCAGCGCAGGUUGAGUAUGCCGUCAGUGGGCUGGACCUGUUCUCCACGUAUGAAGGGGUCAAAGCGCUCAACUUGGAUGAGAUGACUGAGGUUCUGAAAGCUGCAAAGAGAGCAGACAAGCAAAAGGAAGGAAAUUGGGUGCGUAUUUCAAGGGGUAUGUAUAAGGGAGAUCUGGCUCAGGUCUGUGGCAUGCGGGAGGGGACGCAUGAAGGUCAGCUGAUGAUUCGCUUGAUUCCUCGACUGGAUGUAAAGGGCGAGAAGGACGCAAUGGAGGGACGAGACGUCUCUGAGGACGAAGAAGACAAGGAGAAGGCGAACGGCGCAAGGCGGAAAGGCCGUCCUCCUCAACACUUGUUUGACAAGAACGAGUUGUACCGUUUGACGGGAAGCGCAGAUGUGUUUACCCAAAGGGAUUUGGAGACCGGCGAAGUCUUUGAAGUAUGGAAUGAAGAAAAGUAUCGACAUGGACUGUUGUACAAAAAGGUUUCUGGGAAGAGUCUAAUCACGGGAGAGCAAGUUAACCCACAGGUAGAAGAAUUGGACCAAUGGUUUGCGGCUGAAGCUCAGAUGAGAAUUACGUUCAAGGAUGACCCCACUUCUAUGGAUGCUGAGGAGGCUAACCGAGGACUAGGCCUGGACAUUAAUUCCAUUGCAGGCAAAAACAACGCCAAACUCUUCAAAGGCGAUUCCGUCCGCGUUACGGCUGGAGAGCAAAGAGGUGUGAGCGGAACGAUCGCUGCUCUCAAUGGAGAAGUUGUUCUGAUACAGACGACGGAAUUCCCUGAACCUUUGAGAGUGUCUCGGGUAGAUGUUACAAAGCAGUUCAAAGUUGGAGAUCAUGUCAAGGUAUCUUCCGGCAAGAAAGCGGGAUAUGCAGGUGCCAUUGUCCGUGUCCAGGGCGACGUCCUCACGAUAUUUACUGAUUCGACAAACGAGGAGAUACGUGCACUGAGCACGCAAGUUGCUGAUUCUUCGGAUUUGACCACCGAGUUUGGAUCUACUAGAAUCAGUGCGCAGCAGAGUCGGUCACAGUACGAAAUAUUUGAUUUGGUGCAGCUGCUCUCCGAUGCGCACGACAAGGGAGUAGUUAUUCAGGUCAAGAACGAAGGCGUUCAGAUAUUGACGACACAGAACCAGACCAGAGUUGUUCCAGUCGCUGCCAUCAAAUGCAAACUACGAGACAUAUCCGUAAGAGCGAUUGAUUCUCGCGGCAACCCGAUUGCACCGAACGACACCAUUCAUGUCGUGUCAGGGAGCCUAAAAGACAGACAAGGUAUUGUCAAGCAUGUAGCAGGGCCGGCCAUUGUAUUUUUCAAAGCAAGAGAUGAGGUUCAGAACUGCGGGAUAAUGGCAGUACCGGCUUCUCAUUGCGUGGCAUCGACUGCCGCGGCAAGGAGACUUACCUCGACGCUUCACCAGCGGCGCGAUGACUUUAAAAUGCCGGCACCUAUUCCCAGAGGCUCUUUGAGUGCAGGCGGGCGAGGAGGAGGUGGGGGUCGCUCUCGUGAUCCUCUCUAUCGCAAAGAGGUAAAAAUCAAAGCAGGACCGUACAAGGGCCUCGUUGGGAGAGUCAUGGACACAGCCGAAACAACUGUUCGCGUCAUGCUGAACGCGAAGUUGAAGGAGGUAUCCGUUGCUCGGACAAAAGUGAGGGCUGUAAAUGAUACUACACCGUCAAGGAGCUCGUUUGGAGGACUUGCAGCAAGUGGAAGAGGUCUGCGAGAGCCAAAUGCGCCAAGCAUGGGAUCUGGAGCAAGUCUCAACGGCAGGCAGUCAUAUUCUGCUCAGGCGCCUGCGAACGAAAGUAUGUACAGAAGCCGAACGCCGCGAGUUGAUCGAUAUUCGGCCCAGACACCUAGAUAUGGAAUGGCAACGCCUCGGGUAGGGGCCAUUACUCCAGCCCACAACGCCUAUGGAAGCAUGACUCCUGGUCGGGACGACUUCAGGCCUGGGAGAACGCCAGGGCCGGACGAUUAUUUGAACCCUUACGGUCGUCCACAAGUUCCGCAAACUCCUUCCUCAGAUAUGGCAAAUCCGUACCAACAAUACCCGUCUGGUCCGCGAACACCCUCUACACCGGCAAUGGGGGUACCGCGAACGCCUAUCGGUGGUUCUUUCGGUGUGAUGGAACCGCGGACGCCUGCAAAUAUUAUUGAACCAAACACACCUGCGUAUGCUGUGUUAGAACCUCGCACUCCAGCCCCAGGCAUGGAGCCAGCCACUCCUGCACCUGGGUUGGAACCACGAACUCCAGCGCCUGGCCAAGAACCCCGCACGCCUGCACCUGGCGUAGAACCCAGCACGCCCAUGGUUCAAGAACCGCCUACCCCACAUGCUCCAGGUGUGGUUCCGCAAACGCCACAUGUCCAAGAUGAACAACCUGCUGAGUUAGGAUAUAGAGUCUUGAUUGAUGCGGAAGUAUUAGUGGGAAGUCAGAACGGUUCAAGUGGAGUAGUUAUCGAUGCUACUUUCCACGGGGAAUUGAUCACUGUGCGAAUGUUAAAUGGAGAUGCAACGGGACAAACCAUUACUGUUCCCGGGCAGGAAAUCACACCAGUGCAGCCUCGCCCCGAGAUGGCUGAGAGGAAAGAGCUUGUCAAGGUGCUGGAUGGGCCCUCUGCUGGGCGUGUGGGUCGAUUGCAAAAUGUUGUCCAAGCAGCCGACGAUACUCUGGAAGGAUACAUCCAUUUCAACAGUGGGGAAACCGAAAAGCUCAGCAUGUCAUUUGUCGCCAAGUGCCAUGAAGCCACAUAA